ACUGGAUGAUGAUGAUGAUGAUGAUGAAGCAGAGACUAGGCCUAGGCUAAUCCUUUGUUGUGCUUUUGAUGUUAGUUCGGCGUAGAACUCUCUAAACGAUAGUGAGGUUUUCAUUUAAAAUUUUACUUCAGCAUUACGUCCCCUAAAUGUAACAAGCAAAAUUAGCUUGUUCCAAAAUGCCGGGUGACAUGGUGAAAGCAAAUGAGGACUAUUCGAGUGACACAGAAGAAUUCUUGCCAAACUUUGAUCCAACAAGUGUCCCUUUGAUAGAGGCUGUGAACCUUGCAGUGGUUUUCGAAGACUUCUCCGACCAGCUGGACAUCCUAGGCCGGUCAAUUGUAGGACCAGAGAUCGAGCUGAGGUCAAAGCCGUCCGUGGACCUGGACAGAGAGCUUCAUCGUCCGGUGCUGGACCUCCACGACAAGACCAACGCGCCAAAGGAUGGGUCAGAGCCUCGCUAUUUGCUCAAACAGCACUACGAGAUGGCCAUCCCACGCCGGAUACGCCAGGGCUAUCAGGGUCCGGCCACCAAUUUCCAGCGGAGACUCAGCGACGCUAGGGAGAUCAAACUGGUGAGAAAAGAGAAAGUGACCGAGUCCCGGAGAAUGGACCGAUUCAUCUGGAGCCUGGAGGACGCCACCCAGGAGCUCCUCAUCAGGACAAAAAUGGAAGCAUUAUACGUCACCAAAACCGCCGUAUCCGCGCGAUCCAGGAGUCAAGAACCAAACGCUCGGAGCUUGAGAACAAGAAGUCUAUCAAGAUACAGGCAUGGUGGAGAGGCACCAUGGUACGGAGGAAACUCGGUCCAUUCAAGCCGAAGAAGGAAAAGAAAGAAAAGAAAAGUGGAAAGAAGAAAAAAUAAAAAUGCUGAAUAAUAGUCGUCUGUGGUUGACGUAGGCGCGUUAUGAGAUACGUCCUCGAGUAAAAUAAUUUAACGAAGCAGGACUGCAUAGAAUCAUUUAGAUUUGAUAACAUUAAUAGUGUAUCUUGAUUUUAUUUCCUUUUGGGUAUAGCUAAUAAGAAGCAUGGUGGUGCUGUUUUUUAAUUUCUAAAUGAAUUUUGAAUAAACGUAUCUGGCGUGUCGGCGUUUUGGAUAUCGUGUUCCGUGUCAUGUAGGGUAAGCUAACUCAUUGAGUCCCACGAACGAAUACCAAUUUCUUCGAUAUUUCAAAGAUCUGUGAGUUUUUUCGUUGUUUUGUUUUGUUGUUGAUUUGUUGUUGUUGUUUUUGGUUGUUUGUUUGUUUGUUUU